AUCGCGUACAUAUAUAUAAAACGAUACGCGGAUUUUAUCUCAAUGUUAAUUAAGUACACCAGCGACAUGGACGUCUUCCUGGUACUACUUAGCGUCUUCUGUUUUCCUGGGAUACUGGGUUUAGCGGUAGACCCAUUGUCAAAUCUUACUAAUUCGACUAAUGAUAUGUAUGUAAUUCAUGCUACGGUAUACCAAGUUGGAAUUAUAACAAAUAAAUCGGAGGACGAAAUUGCUAACAUGACAGGCAAUCAAGAAGCUUUGUCAUUUUACCAUAGCAACGGCACUGCUGUAGACUUGAGCGGCAUUCCAGCUCCUCUGUUGACUAAUGUGACAGCUCAGAGCGCUGUGGCCGUGGCGCCCGUGCAACCUAUUGCAUCCUCAGACACUAGCCCUUCCUUGACUGUUCUCGAUCAGAUCACAAAAGGGAAAAAGAUCCCACUAGUUAAAAGAUCAGAAUACUCUCUCCAACCUCUUGAUCAGGAAAUAAUCGAGGCUGACGAACAUGGAGAUAAGAAACGUAGUAUUUACUUAAACCUCUUCAGAAGAUCGGUGGAUAACUCCAGCAUCAGAGGCCCGGCUAUUAAAGUCGUGAAAGAGACAUCCCUGAUCCCGCCAGAAGUCGGCUUGACGUCAAUAGGGUUGCCGGAUUUAGUUGGACUCAACACCAGCGUAGCAUCCGUCCCUCUUCCGGUACCUAACACUUCUGUUGUGCGUUACGCCAAAAUUAGCACCCUUGUGAAAGCACUUUAAAUAUUUCGCUAUUUUAAACCAUUUUAUCUUUAAUAUGAGAACAGAUUACGCAAGACAAGUUAUUUUCAAUACGAUUAAAUAGUUACAAUAGAAACGAAUAAUUGAGUAAUACGAGUACGUACCUAUAACAUUCCAAUUUAUAUAUAGGUAAACAGUGUUUGGAAAUUGAUUGUAUAGACAUUCCGGCACGGACAUUUCGUAGUUCGGUCCUAUUUCAUUGAUUACUUUGGGACUAACUUUAUAACUUUAAAGACAAGUGCUAAAUAAGUUUAUGGGAUUCAAAGUUAUUUUUUCCCAAUAUAGCAAAUAUAAUUUUAAUGUAGUUUUAUUAUGGAUUUCGUUAGUUUUAUUUCUAGAUUUAAGUUGUAUAAUUUUCUGUUGUUCCGUUCCGAUUUAAGUUGUAUUAAUGAAUCGUAUAGGUACAAAUUGGCAGCUAUAUUUUGUCACCAAAUUUUAAUUUUCUUUUUAUCAAGGCACCAGUAAGUUUUUUGUAUUAGCUAUUAAGUAACCUAGUUCUGUUAAAAAUUGUUCCUGGUUCCCCGCGGUACAGGCAAAGCCUAGUGCGGAGACCCCUGACAUAAUCUGUAACUGUAACCUAUAUUCUUGAAAAUAAAUACUUUUUACUUUA